GCCAACUUUUUUUUUUUUUUCCCAAAUCCCAUUCCUCCUCUUACUAUCCUUCUUUCAAGUCCACACAAUCAAUAACAAGACGCUGGGUUCACCGUCAAACUUUUCAGCGCCCACGAUCGAGGGCAUUUCGGGCAGUUUAGCUGACCCUCAUUACAUUUACGGCGCCGCUCGUUUAAUCGUUUUAUUACAACAAGUUGGGUGUUUUCCUUUUUUUUUUUCCUCUCUUGCUGCCCAAUUCGUUAAAGACGAGCGCUCACGAUGCCUCACCAAGUGUUACCGCCGAUAAUGAUCUCCAAAGCCGACGCUCCUCCUCCCCCGUCGCAACAAGAUGUCUCAUCAAUUCUCGACACUAUAUUUACCGCCAAAACUUCUGCCGCUUCGGUCGAUGCGUCUUAUGCACUCUGCGAACUUCUAUUAAAUACUGUAGGCUUUCGAGGUCUGCAUGAUUACGGUGUAAUAGCCGAGAUCAAGAAGGCUGCAUCUGACAAGAAGAGUGGACUACGACGAGAGAGCGCCCAGAACCUUCUCGGUGCCAUUUUUGAGAAGUUCUCGCCUCGUCAGCCGCUGAGCGAAGUCGUUUUCUUGGUUCAGGAUGGCGGUCUCGUCUCAGUUGCCCUAGACGCUUUAGCCGAUAAGGGCACAGUGGUUCGUGAUGCUGCGCAAUAUGGACUUGAUGCGCUUUUUGGCUACUUGAGCGCUGAGGCUAUGGUCGUUGGCUUGCUACCCGCCCUUGUAACUUACCUGUCAAAGAAGACUGGAAAGUGGCAAGGUACAAUUGGCGCCUUGAAGCUGAUGCAGAGGAUGGCCGACAAAGCAAAGAUGGAAAUCGGUUGCACGAAGGAGCAAGCUCAAGAGAAGGAUAUCCUCAGAGAGGCUAUGGGUGCCAAGCUGGCUAGCUUGAUUCCUAUAGUCGAGGGUAACAUGCACGAUCUCAAGUCCGAGGUCGAGAAGCAAGCUCUUGUCACAAUGCAGUCUCUCACCACCCUACUAUCCAACGACGAUGUCGCGCCUAGGAUACCUCUUCUUGUCGACACUAUGCACCACCCUUCGACCCAAACUCUUCAAAAAGCCAUCCACGCUCUUUCUCAGACGACCUUCGUCGCUGUAGUGACGUCUCCUGUCCUCGCUCUUCUCACCCCCUUCCUUGAGAGAACACUCAACAACCCCUCCACUGCUCAAGAGGUCCUACGACAAACGGUCGUAAUCACCGAAAAUUUGACCAAGCUAGUCCACGAUCCUAUUGAGGCGCGUACCUUCUUACCGAAGCUUCAGCCGGGUAUCAAGAAUGUUGUUGAGCGUGCGCCGCUACCAGAAGUACGCGAGCUGGCUUUUAGAGCUUUAAACGUCAUGGACAAGGCUAUGGGCAACGAUGAAGCCGUGGUGGAAAGAACUUCUGUGGAUGAUGUCGCGAAGGUUCUGGACUCCGAGAUAAAGAAAAAUGGAGGACUUUCAGGAGACCUUGAUUUCUACAAAAUCGCUCGCCCUUAUAUCUGCGAGAUGGUGGCCGAAGACUCCAACCAUCGUCAAGUGGAUCGAAUUCCGGCUAGAAUCGCUCCUUACCUUAAAGAUCUAAUGCACAAACAAGGCGCCAACGAUGCUGUCGCUUCUGGUGUCCAUGAAUUUUACGUUGCCGAGGACCACCGCAAGUACGGCGUGCCGGAGAAGGAGGACGAUGGCGAGACUGAAAUUGUCAAUGCAGACUUUUCCCUAGCCUAUGGCGGCAUGCUUCUUCUUUCUCACACUAAUCUCCGAUUGCUGAAGGGACACCGAUAUGGCCUUUGCGGCCGCAAUGGUGCCGGAAAAUCUACACUGAUGAAGAGUAUUGCUGGCGGUAAACUGGAGGGAUUCCCACCUCAGGAUGUUCUUCGCACUUGUUACGUUGAGCACAAUCAAGGUGAGGAUGCUGAUAUCAGUAUCCUAGAAUUCAUGGUUAAGGAUCCAACAAUUGCGUCCGAAGGCAGAGAGCGCAUCUCCGAAGUCUUAGCUGAAUUCGGUUUCACGGCGGGUCCUGAGGGUAGACAAUCACAAAAGGUUGGCUCUUUGUCGGGUGGAUGGAAGAUGAAGCUGGCUCUUGCUCGAGCAAUGUUACAGAAGGCCGAUGUUCUAUUACUUGACGAACCUACCAAUCAUCUCGACGUUGCCAAUAUUGCUUGGCUGGAAAACUACCUGAAGACUCAUACAGACAUUACCAGUUUGAUCGUUUCUCACGACUCGGGCUUUUUGGACAAUGUAACAACCGAUAUAUACCACUACGAACCCGGAAAGAAGCUCGGCCAUUUCAAAGGAAAUUUAUCCGACUUCGUUAAGGUUCGCCCAGAGGCUAAGGCUUAUUACACCCUUUCUGCCUCCAAUGUCCAGUUCAAGUUCCCUCCCCCCGGUAUCUUGACGGGCGUCAAGUCCCAGACCCGAGCGAUUAUUCGAAUGACUGGAGUCUCUUUCCAGUAUCCCAAGGCUCCGAAACCAUCGCUCACAGAUGUCUCUUGCCAAUUGACUCUUUCUUCUCGCGUUGCUGUCAUUGGACCGAAUGGUGCCGGAAAGUCAACCUUGAUUAAACUGUUGACAGGUGAAGUAAUUCCGACCAGCGGAAAAGUCGAGAAGCACCCCAACUUGCGAAUUGGUUACAUCAAGCAGCAUGCUCUUGAACACGUUGAGAUGCAUCUCGAGAAGACCCCAAACCAGUACUUGCAGUGGCGAUAUGCAAACGGAGACGACCGAGAGGUGUUCCUGAAGCAGACCCGUAUCCUCUCAGAUAAGGACCGUGAGCAAAUGGAGAAGAAAAUUGACCUUGGCGAUGGAAAGGGCGAACGACAGAUUGAAGCUCUUGUCGGUCGCCAAAAGUACAAGAAGACCUUCCAAUACGAAGUUAAAUGGAAAGCAUGGCUACCAAAAUACAACUCGCAUGUCUCUCGGGAAACGCUCUUAGAAUGGGGAUUUGAUAAACUUGUCCAAGAGUUCGAUGAUCACGAGGCGUCUCGUGAGGGUCUAGGUUACCGAGAGCUUCAACCUACGGUCAUCUCUAAACAUUUUGAGGACCUCGGUCUUGACCCCGAGAUUGCCAACCAUAAUGAAAUCGGCAGUUUAUCUGGAGGUCAAAAAGUCAAGGUCGUCAUUGCCGGUGCCAUGUGGAACAACCCUCAUUUACUCGUUCUCGACGAACCUACUAACUUCUUGGAUCGCGAUUCUCUCGGUGGUCUUGCGGUUGCCAUUCGAGACUUCAAGGGUGGUGUAGUCAUGAUCUCCCAUAAUGAAGAGUUCGUCGGGGCUCUGGCUAGCGAACAGUGGCACAUAAACGACGGACGGAUGGUUAUGAAGGGCAAUAAUACGAUUGCUUUGGAUCGCUUUGAAGACAGCAAACCAAGCAGCGGUCUCACAAGCGGUAUCACCAGCGGGGUUAACAGCACAGCAGCUAGCAGUGCAGUUAGCAGCGCCGUCAACAGUGGCACUGAAGAUAAUAGCCCAUUGAAAUUCAAGUCUAAGAAGAAGAGGAAGAAGACCAAGAAGGAGCUCAAGGAGCAGGAGGUGCGAAGGAGACUACGCCAUAUCGAGUGGCUCAACAGUCCCAAGGGCACACCCCACCCACCUGACACGGAUGACGAGGAAUAAGGGACAACCAUGAACCUUAAGAUAGUAUUUUUGAUGAACUUUUUACGUAC